AUGACUUCAUCAUUGUGGAUAACUGGCCUUCUGUUGAUCAGUCUAACUGGAGCACAUGGACUCAGCAACUUCCCAGAAAACUUUGUGGUUGCUAAAAGGAGCGACACAAACCCGGUCACGCUGACCUGCACAACGGCCAGCAACGAGCCUGUCACGUGGAAGCUGGAUGGCAAGGAUGUCAAUUCUGAGGACGACGUUGAGAAGGAUGGAAACAACCUGAUUGUGCCCGAGGUAGAUUUGCCCAUGCUGGGAGAAUACAGCUGCUGGAGAGGUGGGGAGAAGUUAUCAUCAACCCAUCUGCUGCUGGAGGCUGAGGAAGAUGAGGACAUAGAUUCUUUCCUCAAAUGCCGUGCAAAGUCUUAUGAUUGUAACUUCACCUGUAGCUGGACCAACAGUGGAUACACAGCUGUGCGCCUUGGACUUGCCCGAGAAUGCACCAAAGGUCAGGAGUCGUGUAACUGGGUGAGCAGCAGUGACCAUCUCCAGAGCGGGGGCCUCCAGUUUGUCCUGUCCCACACCCUCUCACCAUACGCAGAAGAAAGCUCCAUGCUGGAGGUCACUGCCGAGGCCACCAACAACUUGUUCUUCCUCAGGAGAACCAAGCUGUUUUACCUCCGAGACAUCGUUGUCCCUGACAGUCCCCACAUUGUCCGGUGCCAGGAAGUGGAUCAGGAGCUGAACGUGACCAUCAACCCCCCCUCCAGCUGGUCCACUCCUCACAGCUUCUUCAGCCUGGAGCACGAGAUCGAGUACAUGUUCAGGGAUGACGGCAGCAAACAGCGGUCUUUGUCCACUCGGAUCCCAAGGAGGAUCAGCAAGCUGAGGGUUCGCUCCAGGGACUCGCUGGUCCUCUCCCCCUGGAGUCAGUGGACUCCGUGGAAAAAUGUAACCCACUGA